AUGAUCCGGCGACCCCAGCCGUCUGACUCAGAGGCGGACCUCCUGAGGGAGCAAGAGCGCUUCUUGACCUCGGGUGCUCCAUCCGCAGCCAGCGUGGUCCGUCGGCCUGACAAGAGGAGAGGAGAGGCUGGAGAGGCUGGAGGCAGCAGCCAGGAGAGCGGAGGGAAUCCCAAGGAUGUGGUCACCAUAGAAGAUCUUCCAGACCAGCUCCCCUCUCUGACGCCAGCCCCUCCUAAGAAGUCCCGCUUUAAAGCCAGCCGCGUUACUUUUGAGGAUGAGGAUGCUGAGGAGAGGCUUGACAGACAUGAUAGACACAUCAGUGCCGUUCUCUCCAGGAUUGUUGAGAGAGACACCAGCUGUGUUCCGAUAGCUCUACCAGCCUUUACCGGGGUGGCUUUCCCCAAAGUACUGCGCCGCUCAGAAACCAGCAAUCAGGUUUCAGCCUCAUCGGCUGAAGGAAAGAAGAGCAUCUUUGCUCGUCAGAUUGCUGCUCAGAGACUUAAAGAGGCCAAAGCACUUUCACUCUCUGCAGGUGAACCAGGAAAGCAGAACCUUCCCUCUGAAACGCAGAUGGAUACAGAUCGGGGACCAUUUAUAAUCUCAAGUCCCAGAUUGGUGUCGGGUCAGGGGCUUGGGGGCCCUGACAGCUCAGGGGAAAACAUGACGAUCCACCGGGAGAACCAGGCCAAGCUCCAAGCAAUGUCUCAGUCUGAGAUACUGGAAGAGCAGAGGAAACUGUUGUCUCAGCUCGAUCCCAGACUGGUUGAGUUUGUUAAAUCUCGUAAAUCUCAGAGCGUCCCCUCCUCUGCACCCCCAUGCAGACAUCCUGAGGACACAAGCUCUAAAGAGGACCCUCCUCUUGAAAAUGUUAGCCAAGAGUCCUCUGGGGCUCCUGUGUUAUUCCAGAAACCCCAAGAAGUGGUGAUGGAGGAGGGAGAGGAAGAGGAGAUGGCACCAUCUCCGUCUGUGACCGAGGAAGAGCUGCCAGUCAAGCCCCAGAAGGAAUGGGUCCACAUGGACAAGCUGGAGCCGGAGAAGCUUGAGUGGAUGAGAGACCUGCCUGCACCCAGAAGGAGAGGAACCAAAAAGGCUAUGCAGGCUCGUUUUGAUUUUGUGGGGACCUUAAUUCCACCCACAGAGGAUCUGCCAACUCAUUUAGGCCUGCACCACCAUGGAGAGGAACCAGAGCUGGCAGGUUACACCCUGCAGGAACUCUUCCUGCUGUCUCGGAGUCAGGUCAUCCAGCAGAGGAGUCUGGCUCUGGGCACUCUGGCCAACAUCUUGUCAAAGGGCCGAUCCGGGGGGUACUCGUCUGCUCUUAAAGGCAGUGUGAUUUCCACUCUGCUUGACGCCGGCCUGCUGUUCCUGCUUCGCUUCGCUCUGGACGACGGUGUGGAGGGAGUGAUGUCGGCUGCGGUGCACGCUCUGAAAGCCCUGCUCGUCUGUGAAGAAGAUGAAGAAUGUUUGGACUGCACUUUCUCCUGGUUUGGAGGACUGGCCACCUUCCCUCUCCUGCCCUCUAAAGAAGAAGAAGAAGAUGAGGAGGAUGAAGGACUUGAGGAAUGCUUGAAGGAGACAGCCAAGGAAAAGGAAGAGAAGAAGAAUGAUCAUGAAGUUGCCAGGCAGGACGUGGUCAAGGGUCUGUUAAGGAUGAAGCUGCUCCCCAGGCUUCGCUACAUUCUUGAGGUGGUCCGGCCGUCUCCCCGCGUGGUUCAGGACAUUUUGCAGAUCCUGACGCGCAUCGCCAGGCACUCCUCAUCCUCAGCCACACAGGUGUUGGAUUGUCCUCGCCUGAUGGAGACCGUGAUGUCUGAGUUCCUCCCCACCUCUUGGGCCUCAUCAUCGUCCCUAAAUCCUCCAUCCGUUUAUGGACUCCCGCUGGCCAGUGCCGUGAAGCUGCUGAGGGUUUUGGCGACCGCUGGGAGACAUGCCUGCGCCAGAGUGCUGAACUCUCUGGGGGUGAGGGAGCGUUUGUCGUGCCUCCUGAGUGCGGAGCCCAGCGAGCUGCUGCUGGAGCCGGCCGAGGCGCUGAGGAUCACCACCGAGGCCUACAGGCUGUGGGGCGUGGCAGCCGCGUACGGACAGGCCUGCAACAUUUAUCUAGACCUGUACCCUGCGCUGGGGAGAGCGCUGCAGUCUGUGCACACAGCUCUGCCCCCCUCAGAUCCUCUGCAGCCUCUGCAGCUCCAGCGCCUCCUGGCUCUGCUUUCCUUCCUCACACAAGUCACGCACACGGCCGGCUGCCACGAGGAGCUCCAGGCGGGCGUGGCCAGCGCCAAUGGAGACGGCUGCCCCCCUCCGCCUCCCGUGUCGUGGGCUCAUGUCUCCGGGCUGCAGACGUCCCUGUUGGGGCAUUUGAAGGGCUUUUUGAAGAGUCUUGAUGAUCCAUUCCAGAAAGAAAGCAGCUUGGUUCUGAUACCUGCUUACUUAAUCUAUUUAGAAGCUUACUACCACCAGCUGUCCAGACAGAAGAGCUUCAGACCAGUGGAGACACUUCAAGAGCUGGAGCUUCUGACGUCCGAGGUUCUUCGCCCUCUGAUGUGCCACAGCGUUGUUCAAAACCUGAUGAAGAAUCUCAGGUCUUCCUCUGUAGUGUGCAGUGCUACGGCUGGUGCUCUGGGCCCAGAGACGACGCCUAACCUUCCCGGGUUGGCCUGCCCGGGAUGGAGACACCAGUCUGGGCUGGUCGUUCCCAGCUCCCCCUUCCCACUGCUGACUGGAAUGGGACUUCUCUUGGACACCAUCUCAGGAAUCCAUAAAGGUCUCAGCAAGAAGUUCUCCAGCCUCCUCCUGUCAGAGCCUGUGAUUGGUUACCUGCGUAGUUGCUGCCAGGCCACACCCAGCCUGUGCCACACCAGGGCUUGGCUUCUUCGUCACGAGUACCACCUCCUCUACCUGCUGCUCCGGCUGGCACACAGACUUGUCACCGUUGAUCCAGAAGUGGCGAAACAGGCCUCCCUUUUCCACCAGGUGGCACUCGUGCUGCUUCCGUGGUUACUGCCAGGCAGUGAAUAUCUGGCACACGAGCUGCUCUCCAGUAUCAUCUUCAACAAGGAUUUUGUAUCAGAGGGACACAGCGGGGGGCCUGAGGCCGUGGAGCUCGGAGAAUUGAAGCUUCGGGAGGACACACAGCAGCGGAGCUCCCCCUCCCUCCAGACUGUGGGCGCCCUCCUGAGAGAGGCCUGCGUCCAGCUGCCAUCCAUACGAGGCUGCUUCCUCACACACCUGGCCCAUCUGGAGCCGUCUGUCCUCGCAUCUCGAGAUGCUCUGCUGGGGCGCGGCCCGUGGAUCUCCUCGCAUCUCCUCCCAGAGCUCACCGGUCCUUCGAUACCCUCCGACUGGCCUUUCCUCCCUCUCAUCAGCCUUUACGAACGGACAGGGGUGUCUGAUGGUGGAGGGCUGGCGGUUGAGGAGCUCCCUCAUGGGGCUCUGCAGGCGGUGACCCACUGUCUCCAGUGGCUGCUGCUGCUGGAGGUUUGGAGGGAAGACGCUCUAAAGAUGAUCCCUCCUGUGGCCAAGCUCGCCCGCCUGUCCUGCAUAUUCCUGUGUUCAAGUGACUUGUUCUUGGAGAGACCUGUUCAGAAACUGGUCUGGGGUCUGUUCAGACUGCUGACCAGGGGAUCCAGGCUGGACUUGUUGGACCUGAACGUGCCUCCUCCUGGUCUCGCCUCCUUCCAGGACUUGUACACAGCCCUCUUGGCUCAGUACGAAGCCGUGUCAUUUGGAGACCGGCUGUUCGGCUGCUGGGUGCUGCUGCCCCUGCAGAGGAGGUACAGCUCCACCAUGAGGCUGGCUGUGUUUGGAGAGCAUGUGGGGAUGCUCAGGUCGCUGGGGGUCUCUCUGGAACAGCUGUCCAUCCCGAUUGAGAGGUUCACCUCCCCCCCCGAAGACUCCCUCCCUCUCCUUCGUCUUUACUUCCGCUCCUUGGUAACCGGGACCCUGAAGAUCUCGUGGUGUCCCGUCCUGUAUGUGGUUGCCCUGGCUCAUGUGAACUCGUUCAUCUUCUCUCAGGAUGCUGCAGCACAGGAGGUUGAAGCAGCUCGACACAGUAUGUUGAGGAAAAUCCACUACCUGAUGGAUGAGGUGUUGAGGAACCACUUGCUUCUUUUCCGUCUUCCCCAACAGCACACACAGCUUGGCUUUGAAACAUAUGAACAGUUGCCUCCCAUUAGGGCCAGACGUUUGGAGAGUGUUCUUGGUCUGAAAGAUGGCAUCGAUGACAACCGAGACUGUCUGGAGCAAAGAACAAAACAAGAGUGA